AUGUUUCCUCAGUUUCCUAUUGUCUGGAGGUUGGCUAUCAAUGCUUGGCAUAUUUAUGGCUUGCUGGCGAGCAUCUCGCUGACGUGCCUGAUUGUCUCUUAUUUUGGCCCGUUGCUGUUCAUGAGCUGGGCCCCACGGUGCAACCUGUGCCGACGCUACUUCGCGGACCUCGAGUCAGCGCGUGCUUCUGGAUCAGAGUCGGUAGCCGAGGCAGUCGAUCGUACGAUCGGACGACGUUCCUCGCAACCUGCGAGCACCCAGGAGUCCAGGAGGAAGCGAGCGAACUCAGUAAAGAGGGGUGGCGCGGGCACCGCUGCAGCCGAAGAGCCGCGGAACCCCGUCGACGUAGCAAAAGAGCCCUGGGCGCUUGUGACAGGGGCUUCUUCUGGAAUAGGGUUAUGCAUUGUUCGAGAGUUGGCUAGGCAGGGCAUCAACGUGGUUCUGGUUGCUCGAAACGAUGCGCUUUUACCAAAAGCCGUGGAGCAGCUGCACACUGAGUUUCCGGAGCGAAGUUUCCGCGUAGUGGCGACGGAUCUCUCGGACGCUACCCCAGCGAACAACACACUGGAGAAAGAAGUAGGUGUGAUACCCGGCUACCUCUCGGAUGUGAAGGAAGCUACAGCUGAUCUCUUUGCUGCAGACACAUUGCGUUUGGUGUUUUCCAAUGCUGGUUACCUUCUAAUGUCGUUCUAUUGGCAGCGAGGCCUCGCGGAGCAGAUGCGCAACUGGGAGUGCAACGUCACGGCGGCGUUGCGGCUGACGCAUUAUGUGCUGGAACGUUGGGCCCAAAACCAGCAUCGUUUCGGUGACUUGGAACGUACCGGUGCGACGUCGCGAACCUCUCGAAGACGACUGCUUGUUUUCACGAGCUCUUCGAGUUUCUUUCUGCCAACGCCAUUCGCGACCUUGUAUGGCGCCGAGAAAGCGGCGUUGACCUCGUUUGCACAGUCGCUGGCGGUGGAGGUGCGUGACCUUGGUGUCGAUGUGUUAGUCGUCCAUCCAAGCUAUACGCGGACAAAUCUCUAUGCAGGCCAGCCAAAGCUGGCCAUUCUGCGUUUCCUGGAUCGGUUUACAGGUGCCAGCCCUGAGGGUGUUGCUGAAAGCAUCAUGCGCUCCAUAGGUCGUGGCUUCCUCAUCCGCGAUAUCGGUUUAUAUUCUAGCCUUACGCGGUGGCUGAAUCACAUCAUUGACAUUGGCCUGCUGAGCAGUAUCCUGGUGCAACUGCGGCAUCUCGUACCAGAAUACCGGGCAUUCAAGGCGGCAUCGGAAGCACCAAGACAGCGCGCCUGUUAG